CGGACGUCAAACUGUAAACAAUCAAUGUCAAAUGGUUAAAAAUUUCCCUUUUUUCACGCGUCUUUGACCAGCGUACUCGCCACACCCCAAAAAUCAUCAUAAUAAUUGCUGUCAUGAUUAUAAAAGGGCUAAGGCUGGUCAUAUGAAAUAGGAAAGUUGGAAUUCGUCCUUUGGCAAGUUUGGUAAAUUGACAAAGAAGAAGAGAUUCGAAGUGAAUUCUAAUCAUGAAGUACUGUGUCUUCAUUGCAUUAUUAGCAAUACUUUGCUGUCAAACCGGUAAUGAUAUGUUAUAUAUAUCGUUAAAAUUCAGCCAUAUUUUGAUUAUUGCUCUCCCUUUACAUAUGGGAUACCUGUGACAAAACAUCAAAAGAUAAAUUGCAAACAUUAUACACAACCGUGCUGCCAGAGUUAUUACUGUAGCCAGAUCGGUGAUGAAAGGAUUAGAUCAAGUGUUCUUUUGCAAAGCUUAGAGUGGGAUACCCUACAUGUUAGUACCCUGCUGUAUAAAGUUCUCAAUGAAAAUUGUUCGCCAUGUCUAAGAGAAAGCCCCUUAAGACUCAGACACUUCAAUAAAGGCUAUAAAUUACGAAACCAAGAAACUGAUCUAGCACUUCCAAAAUCAAGAACCAAUUUGUCGAAGCCCAGCUUUAAAUAUAGUGCAUCAAUACUGUGGAAUAACCUUCCAUUGGAGGAGAAAAAAGCGACUUCGCUCCGUCAAUUUAAGCGAAGUAUUGUGAGCUGCCAUUCUUAGUGCCGUGUUGACUUAGUAAUAAUAAAUUCUUUAUUUCUUUGUUCUUGGGGCAGGGUGAGGUGGGGUGGGGGUGUAGUUAUUAAUUAGGUUCAUUUAUCUUUUUAUCUGCAUGCAUGCUAACACGCCCGGCUCCUGUAAACCAACAUAUUGUUGUGUGAGGCUAGCGUGUUUCUCUGUAAAUAAAAUUGAUUGAUGAUGAUGAUAUUGAUGAUGAUGCAAUCUCGUUCCCCGAGCCUGCGAUCCUUGGGAAGGAACGCGAGGCUCUGGGAUGAUGAUGGGAUAUUCGUAUGCACCAACCAGCAAUCAUGCAAGUUCAUAUAAUGUUUAAACAUGCACGUAAUCUAAUGUUUUGUUAAUUGUUUUAUUCAGACGCAAUCGAAGAGACUGAGAAAAUACAUUUGUCAGGAGGCAGAAGCGCUCAAAAAGUCACCCGAAAGGAAUUGUUAGCAGACCUAAAGGCAGCAAAUUUGGAAAGCAUUGGCUUUGUUCGAUACUCACGGACAACAACUGUAACCGACGUAAAUGGAAAAAGUCAUGAAAAGGAGGUCGUUGGAUACCGAAAAAAAGUCAAAUGUUCAGUAGAGAAGGAAGCAAGACGAAAAAUGGAGGAACGGUUGCCGAAGCAUUUGUUCCCUGGCAAACUGAACCGAAAAGCCGAUAAAGAUAUCAAAAAAGACUCGGCUAAUCUUGAUCAUCGCUAUUGUGAUGUUGGAAUAGAGAUUAACCUUCCCAACGAUGAACGUAAAAGAUUUUUCUUCUUUUUCUUUGCGCUUGUUAUUUUUAUUGGUUAAAUACUACAACCAAUUUAAAAUUGCGUAUCUUCUGGGGUUUUUUGGACUUAAGAGUAAUAAGUUGUUUGCCGUUUUUAACACGAGUUAAACAAGAUUGUUCUCAUUUGUAAACGUCAUUAUGGAAUAAAUGUUCAUUUUCAUUAUGUUUGCAAAUUUAUUUGUUGGGCCUACUGUCUAAGUGUGGAAAUAUUUCGCGAAAUUUGGCACUCUGACUUG